AUGAAUGAAGAAACUGUCAGUAAUGGCCAGCUUGAAAUCUAUGAAACUCCAAGAAGCACCAGUGAUGACGACAUCAUUGAGCUGACAGAUGAGCUGGUACUGGACCCUUACAGUAAUCCAGAGCAGCCAGUGAUCAUCACAUUCAACGAUGUCAGUGCAGCCGCUUAUAAAAUUAAGGGAGGCAUUGAGAAGACCCCAUGUAGUUUGUCGCAGAUGUCCAGACAGUAUGACAUGAACCUUUAUUUCAAGAAGGAUUUUCUUCAGUUCACUGGAAGCUUCAAAGAAAGAGGAGCGCGCUACACACUGCUACAGCUGUCACAGAGUCAAGCAAGAGUCGGUGUGAUUGCUGCCAGUGCAGGCAACCAUGCCUUGGCUCUGUCCUAUCAUGGCCAACUGCUCAACAUCCCUGUGACUGUGGUCAUGCCGGUCACCGCCCCAAUGAUGAAGGUGGAGGCCUGCAAGCAGUAUGGGGCAAAGGUCAUUGUGCUGGGCAAGGAUUUCGGAGAGGCCAAGCAGUAUGCAAUGUUGUUGAGCCGGCGGAAAGGUCUGCUUUAUAUUAAUGGGUAUGAUCACCCCCACAUCGUGGCAGGCCAGGGCACCAUGGGCCUGGAGAUCAUUGAGCAGGUUCCUCAGCUGGAUGCCUGCAUCAUCCCUGUUGGUGGUGGGGGUCUCAUUGCUGGCACUGCUGUUGCUCUCAAGUCCCUGAAGCCAAGUGUGCAGAUCAUCGGUGUGGAAUCUGAGAGAGCCACAGGGUUUCAGGCAGCCUUGGCGGCAGGCAAGCCAAUCUACAGCCAUGUUGGGCAGACCCUGGCAGACGGUUUGGCUGUCCCAGUUGUUGGAGUCAAUGCCCUGGCCACAGCUCGACCCCUCAUUGAUAGGAUGCUCACAGUCAAGGAGUCCAACAUUGCCUUGGCCAUAUUACGUCUGAUAGAGCAAGAGAAAGCUGUAGUGGAAGGUGCAGGAGCUGCAGGUUUGGCUGCUGUCAUUCAAGGUCUCCUGCCAGAGCUGAAAGGCAA